AUGACGACAAUCACUCUUCGCAAGGGAAACACCAGACUUCCACCGGAGGUGAAUCGCGUUCUCUACGUUCGUAACCUUCCGUUCAACAUAACGAGCGAGGAGAUGUACGAUAUCUUCGGCAAGUACGGUGCGAUUCGUCAGAUUCGGAUCGGUUGCAACAAGGACACAAAAGGUACGGCUUUCGUCGUUUACGAGGAUAUCUACGAUGCGAAGAAUGCCGUCGACCAUCUCUCCGGCUUCAACGUCGCGAAUCGGUACCUAAUCGUGUUGUACUACCAGCACGCGAAGAUGAGCAAGAAGUUCGAUCAGAAGAAGAAUGAAGAAGAUAUUGUCAAGCUGCAGGAGAAGUAUGGAGUCUCUACCAAAGAUAAGUAG